CCCCUCCUAAAAUAAAUAAUUAUAUAUUAAUUUUUAUGCCACGAUUCGUUUAGUUAUUAUAUAUAUUAUCAUCAUUAUCAUCAUGUUUUUGAAAAGUUCUGGAAUAAAAGGGAUUCUAACUAGAAGAGAAAGCCAUUCCGACAUGAUGGGACAUGAAUCAUACGAAUCUCUCGUGGAAGAUUAUAGAGAUCAGCUGCCCACGAUUUCACGUUUUAAAUGCGUGAUAUGCGCUUAACCGAAAAUGCGACAAGAUCCUUUUUGCCUGCCACCAUUUAUUCCGUUUGUCCGAAUCUAGUGAAUAAUCGAAAAAAUUUCACCCUUUUUGCUAAAAAAAUUAUCAACCCCAAACCUAAUCCACCUAAUAAAAUCAAUUCUGACACCGCAAAUUCCUGCGCGGCACGUGCGGUGAUAAUAUCGCCAUCCUUAUUCAAUACCGACCUCGUGACCAACCCGUUCAUCAAACACCCAGCCUUGAUUCUGAUAGUAUUCUUGUGCUUCAUGUCGAUAUUACUAAACGACGUCAAUUGCAUGAAGGCCCCCUGGGUCUCGAGGAUUGAAAGAUCAUCGUACACCACCACCCCCAUUCAUUACUUCGAAAUACCUAAUAAUUCGACCAAGAACGCUACUCGCUUUAACCAAUCAUCCGCAAACGUAUUACGAGAUUACGUUUUUUUCAAACGGCGAAUAAAAUCGUUUAAAAAUCAUUACAGAAGGAGACCCAAAUCCUGGGACAAGACCAAUUUUAAACUAUUUUAUCGCGGUGUCGAUCGCAACAUUACCCCAUUCUCUAUAAAAGCGAUAACCACUCCGCAUCAUAAGAGCCUAACACGCUAUAAACAACGGUCCCUUGAUUCAAUUUUGCCAAACCUCUUCGGUCUCCUAGAUCACAAUAAUACGGAGGAGGAAAAUAUAGAUAGUGUCGCCACAGCUCACCCCUCAAGAGAAGGUUUUAAAGCUGGAAUUUCUUAUGAAAUUUUAAAACUCAAAUUAGGGCUUCCUUCUCGUGAAAGUAUUUAUAAUCAGAAUCGCAUAACUGACGCUAUAUCGCCUUCUUUCGCCAAUGAGAACCUUCACAGAUACCAAACUACCCUUCGUUCCUUUCCAGACCUGGUUCAGCACACUCCUUUAAUAAUCGUAGCCAAAAUGGUUCCCCUCUCGUGCUACCGUAAUACGGAAUACACGACCAACGAUAUUCCCGCAUUCCUUGGGGACCAAAAAUUUAUGGAGCUUAACAGCCCUGCUGCUCACUCUUCGAUACGUUUGGAAACUUUUGACGUCUACGAUAGAUUGAAGAAGUGGGCCGGAAGGGAUGCAUUUCUUCUAAAAAAAUUAGAAAAUUAUAUGACAGGAAUCUACAAUGCUUCAAAUAGAACAAACCCAGUAGACGUUACUAAUGAACGAAUACAUCCUCUUCAUCAAUCGACGACUCAUUACUCGGGAUCUAUUAAUGAUAAUACAAUAUCUAACGAUAUAAUACUGCCGUUCAAGGUGACUCCUAUCAAGAUUAUCAAAGGAGGUCAACAUUAUACUUCUCUUAUAGGUCAAGAAAUAUAUCUCACUUGGGACAAAUCGGGAAUUUUUUCCGAUUCCACUAUCAACAAAGAGGUGGCGCCAAAUAAGUCAUCAGGGUUUUCUUACUUCUGGUACCCGUCGCCGCCCCGUUUCCACCCUAAACUACCGUAUUCCUCCGAUAAUUCUGGAUCGAUUAGACCUAUUACGGCCGAACCUCAAACCGCUACAGGUGUGGGACAGAUUUUUGAUCCCCUGUUCAACGGCAAAUAUAACGUUUGCUCGCCUCCGACCGAUUACGAUAAUAAGGUGGCACCUCCUAACGAUGAUUCCUAUAUCCUGUUCUUGGAACGAUUGCAUCCGAUUCGUCUUAAUACUUCUUCUUCUUCAAUUAACAAUCUUAGUCAGGACUUGAAUUCCGGCGAAAAUAUAUUCAAUCUCAAAUCUAUCCCCUUCGAUUCUACGGCUAAACUUAAAAAGGAAAUUCGUAAAAUUUGUUACGGCUCUCCCUUUCAUUGCGAUUCCAUGAAAGACGAUAAAGUCUUGAAUAGAGCGAAAAUACUCAAUUUUAACGCUUCAAAAUACGCCCGACCAGUGUCCCUCGGGAAAACAAUAAUUCUCAAAUGCCGCAUAAAUAACCGCCGGUUGGUGACUAAUAAGGUAAGAUGGUUUAAAGAUGGUCGUAGAAUAGAGUUCAAUACUAAGCGUCGAAAAAUAAGAAAUGUCGAAAAGUUCGGAAAAAAUGGGUACGAAGAAGUGAAACGUCUUAUCUACGAAUCAAAUAAGCCCGAAGAAUUCAAACGGGAGAAAAGGAGGAUACUCAUAACCCAACAAGAGAAAAUAACCAUUCUACGAGUAUCGAGGGCUAAAUUAAGCGACUCGGGUAGCUAUCAUUGCCAAGCGAAAACUUAUUGCGGCAACAUCGUACGCUCGGCCCCUUCCCUCAUUCGUAUCUAUCAUAAAAAAGUAUCCAAGCCCGAUUACAAAUGCGUUAUCUUGAUGUGCGAAAACGGGGGAACGUGCUUCAAAUCCAUCAUGGGUCUCGAAUAUUGCGAAUGCUUACCAAUUUUCGCCGGUCAUAACUGUCAAUAUAAUUUAAGCUAAAAAAAAACAACCUGUUUGUUUGUUUGUUGGAAAAUGAAACAGGAAAACAAAAAUUACCAACAUAGGAAAAUGGAAUCUAAGAUUGGAUCAAGGAAAAAACUAAUAAACAAUAAGGACACAACAAUCCAGAAGCUAAUCUUCAAAAAUAAAAAAUGGGAUCAAACCUUAAAAAAAAAUACUCAAAAAAUCUAAACCGAAUCUGCUUACUUACGAUCUUCCAUCUAACCCUCUCUAAUCUCUAAGCUACAAAAAAUAUGAGAGUCGAUAAAAACACUGCUUAACGUUUUAUAAUAGAAAAACGUGAAAAAAUUGAAUUUUUUUUUAGAUCGUCAAAAAAAAAUCUUUGUAAUAUUUAACAUUACGAAAAAUAGUAGUAAAAUAUUAGUUAAAAAAUAUAUAUUAUUUUAGCUAAAAAAAAUAAUCUAAUCAAAAUGCAUUUAUUUGUUUUUUUUAAUCAUAUAAUUAUUAUAGAUAUUUGUUUUUAACUUUAAAAGCAAGGAACUCCCUCCCCCCCCCCUUCCCCAAUUCCAAAACGUUUAGCAUUUUUAAUCUUAUACAUUUAAUAUCCGCGUUCGUAGUGGGAUUUACGCAAUUUAAAAUGUUAAAUUUUCGCGCGAGGUCGUCAUUCAUCGCUGCUAUUUCCGCAUUGCUUUAUUUUUAUGAACGCGGCAAAAAAAACACUUACCUCUCUCUCUUUCUCUAUAAUAAAAUGAACGCUUUUAUUUGCAUAUUUAUAUCUUGCGUUGUUUAAACGGCUCGUUUUGAGGCGAUUUUUAAAAACGGCUAACUCAAUAUUUUUAGCCAGAAAAAUUGUGCCUAAGCCUCGAGAUUAUCCGAUAAUAUAUGUCUAGACCAUUGUUCCUUCUAUGAACAAUCAGGCUUGCUUAACAUU